CAGAAAGAGCUUGGCUGUUCCCGGAGUCGUGUUGGACUUCACCCAUUUGUACCUGCUCAGUGGUGAAUUUGCAGUCAAGAAAUGGUUUCCAUCACAACUGAAAAUGUUACGCAGCUUUACAACGUCAUGGCCACCCAGGAGCUCCCAGUCAGUCCAGCAGAUCUCCACAAUAAUUCAGGAAUGCACCAGCUGUAUCAAUAUGAAUGCAUUAAUGCAGAUGUAUGGAAAUGGCUACAGGAUUUUCAGCCUGGAUUCCUCUGGUUUAUAUUUAUUCUGGGAGCAAUAGAAAAUUCCUUUGUCCUCAUCGUCCUAUGUUUCCACAAAAGUCGCUGCACUGUGGCUGAAAUUUACCUAGCAAACAUGGCACUCGCUGACCUACUCUUAGUCUGCGCUCUACCUUUCUGGGCCAUUAAUAUUUCUAAUAAGUUCCACUGGCCUUUUGGCCUGUUCCUCUGUAAAGCUGUCAACAUAAUGAGCAACACAAACUGUUAUUCUAGCAUUUAUUUCCUGACACUGGUAAGCAUCGACCGCUACCUGGCCUUGGUGAAAACCAUGUCUCUUGGACGGAUGAGACGAACUCUCUGUGCCAAAUGGAACAGCUUUGUGGUCUGGACAUGUGCGCUGCUCAUAUGUUCCCCCACAAUGUUGUUUCGAAGUUUACAGUAUUAUGAACAAUACAACAUCACCGCCUGUGUUCUUAUUUACCCAGCCAGCUAUUGGGAGCCUGCAAACAACUGCUUGCUGAAUAUUGUGGGUUUUGUGAUACCGCUCUGUGUCAUCACCUACUGCACUACGCGAAUCAUCAAAGCCUUGCAAAGUAGUGAGCUACAAAAACUGAAGUUAGUCCAGACAGAGAGGAAAGCCACCGUGCUCGUCCUUGCUGUGCUCCUGCUGUUCAUCGUUUGCUGGCUUCCCUUCCAGAUCAGCACGCUCGUCGACACAAUCCGUUACCUCUCACCCACUUCCAAAUGCCUGGAAGAAAUCAAUGACAUAGUGACCCAGGUAGCUACCUACUGUGCCUUUAGCAACAGCUGCCUGAACCCAGUCUUGUAUGUAAUUGUCGGGAAGCACUUCCAGAAGAAGGCUGUGGAAUUCUACAAGGGCUUGUUCCCAAAGAGGUGCAGAAAAUCACAGUCUGUGCAGAUGGAAAACUCCCUGGACACUCUAAGAACUUCCAUUUCAAGCGAAUACCCAAGGAAGAAGUCUGUUUUCCCGUCACCAUGAUAAAACAGUUUGUUCAUUACAGGAAAAAAGCCUUCCAACGUAUCAGUCUGCCCUAAUAUCCAUCUGCUACUGCUCCACAGAAUAAACACGUGGUAGUACUCACCACUUGUGGGAAACCAAUGGUUUGAUCUCAAGGGAAACUCCACACAGAGACCUGCUUCUACUGUUAUUGGAUAUUUUUCAUGACCGAGUCCUAUUUUGUAGCAUUCUUACAUUUUCAUGGCUGAAUAAUAUUUGAUGAUGCAUGUAUAAUUUGAAAUCUUUGCAUUUCUAAGGUGUACCUACAUCUACAUGCAGUUCUCCGAACAGAGCCCCAGUACAAAGGCUAUUGUCAGGAUUGUGCAACUACUUAUGGUACCCAUACAGUUUGACAGGCUAGAUUUCUGAUAAGAGGGACUUUUAUUUUGGGUAGGUUCUGGUAAAUUAAUCCUGUAGGACUGUUAUCUAAAUGGAUUUUUAGGUGUGGCCAUCUUCUGGGCUUUUACUUCCUCUGUUCAGUCAUCCAGAACUAUUUUGACUGUUAGUUACAGGUUUACAUCAGCUUGUAUGUAUGGAAAGCAGUUCAAAAAAAAGGUAAAGCAGCAGCAGAAGGAAGGAUGCAGCCAGCUGCAUGAAGUUAGCUGAGUUAUCUCUGUAGCAGGAGAUUCUUUACCCCUUCUGCAUGGGGGUAAAAGCAUUCACUUUCUCCUGUCGUGUGAGUGAAUGUGAUUUAAAUUCAUACCUACACUUCAGCCCAGAGCCUUAGUUUUUAAUAUUCACAAAACAUAAUUAAUAUUCCUAGUGUUAUUUAAUGGAAAUAUAAAAGCUCAACACAACUGGUAUAAUCUCAUCAGUAGAAGAAACUGAGAAGAUGAAAGAAAGCAUCGCCUAACUGCCUUGGAAAUCUAACUGAAGCUAACAGGAGUCUUGAAAGUUCAGAGUAAUCAAGAAUGGCCUUUUCAAACUCUAAUAAUCCCUACAUUUUAUUUGUAGAGUUAAUCUGAGUGAUUUUAAUACAAGAUAGCUUUCCCCAGUUGGCCUGGAUUUAUGAUCCAAAUUGAGUUUACGCAGAAGAUAAACUCAUAGUGCACUGAGUUGUCAGUAUGCACUUUUACCUCUAGGAACCUUGAUCAAAAACUGAGUUGGAGGUGAUCUAAAAUCUUCUGAAGCUAACAGAGCCUUUGCUCUUUUCAAAGCACUUAAGGUUAUAUAGCCUUAAAACCACCAAGGGAAGUGGAAUUUGGUGACAUAAGUAACCUCAGACUGCAACUGCAUGUUCUUUAUUUAUCAGAGCUUGAAUGGAGCAAUAAAGUUCCAUUUGAGAUGGGAAAUUUGUAUUAAGCCUUCAAAUAAUGCUCUAGAAGUGUGCAAGUGUGCUGUAAAAACUAAGGGAUUAAGAUCACUGUAGAUGAUUUAUAGACAAUUUCCAUAGGUUUUCUUUGAUAAUCCAGUAUAAUCCUAUGUCAUAAAUACUUCUAUUGUUCAUUCUUUAUAUUGUCCAAGACACCUAUCAUGAAACACUGCAAGGCUUUCUGUUAUCUCCAGUGUUAUCAAUACUGUCUCAUUUACUAGCACGCUGUUCAUACAGCCGUUAAAUAAGAGGAACUCCAUACAAAGGUUACUGAGGCAGUGAAAGAGAUUUUUGAGUAUUUGGUACUGAGAAGUAAAAUAUAAAAAUGUUAUUAUAUUAAUAUGACAUUAAUUUAAAUUAUGUAAAUAUACGGACACAUUAUUUUGCUACGCAGUAAGCAUGUACAGCAGAAAAUAAACUACUUUAAGAAAUGAG